CAAAAGCUCCUUCGCCCUGUGAAAGAAAAACUCUCUCUCUCUCUCUCUUUUACUCUGAUGCAGAUCUUGAGUUAACUCGUCCGACUCACGCGUUCAUUACCAAACCUCUGCCUCAAGUAAUGGAAUCUUUACUGUCUUCACUCUCUCGAUCUAUUUCCAAGCUCAGUGGUUUCGCCAUUCUCCUUGUGUUUUUGUUUUCUUGCAACACUUUUACUUCCACAGAAGCUUACGAUGCACUUGAUCCAAAUGGGAAUAUCACACUCAAAUGGGAUGUAAUGAGUUGGACUCCAGAUGGAUACGUUGCUGUUGUUACAAUGUACAACUUCCAACAAUAUCGCCACAUUCAAUCGCCAGGUUGGACAUUGGGGUGGAAAUGGGCAAAAAAGGAAGUCAUUUGGAGCAUGAUAGGGGGCCAAACCACAGAGCAAGGGGAUUGUUCAAAAUAUAAAGGGAACGUCCCGCAUUGCUGUAAGAAGGAUCCAACUGUAGUGGAUUUAUUACCAGGGACUCCUUACAACCAGCAGGUUGCAAAUUGUUGCAAAGGGGGAGUAUUAGCCUCCUGGGCCCAGGAUCAGCCCAAUGCAGUAAGUUCAUUCCAAAUCAGUGUGGGUGCUGCAGGAACAACUAACAAAACUGUCAGAGUGCCCAAAAAUUUCACGCUAAAAGCCCCAGGGCCUGGAUAUACUUGCGGGCCAGCUAAAAUUGUGAGACCAACUCAAUUUGUUACAGCAGAUAAGAGGAGAUCCACUCAAGCUAUGAUGACCUGGAAUGUUACUUGCACGUAUUCACAAUUUCUGGCUCAAAAGACUCCCACCUGUUGUGUUUCUCUCUCUUCCUUUUACAAUGACACGAUAGUAGGCUGUCCAACUUGUGCAUGUGGCUGUCAAAACAACGGAACAGAUUCUGGGAGCUGUGUAAAUCCAAAGUCUCCACAUUUAGCUUCAGUUGUUAGUGCUCCAGGCAAAGCUGUCACUAAACCUAUGGUCCAGUGCACCAGUCAUAUGUGUCCCGUCAGAGUUCAUUGGCAUGUCAAGCUCAAUUACAAGGAGUACUGGCGUGUGAAGAUCACAAUCACCAAUUUUAACUAUGCAAUGAAUUACUCACAGUGGAAUAUUGUUGCGCAGCACCCCAACUUUGAUAAUCUCACCGAACUUUUCAGCUUUAAUUACAAACCAUUAACUCCUUACGAAGGCUUAAAUGAUACUGCCAUGCUAUGGGGACUUAAGUUCUACAAUGAUUUUCUUAGUGAAGCUGGCCCUUAUGGGAAUGUGCAGUCAGAGCUAUUAUUCCGGAAGGAUGCAUCAACUUUUACUUUUGAAAAGGGUUGGGCUUUCCCUCGAAGGAUUUAUUUUAAUGGUGAUAACUGUGUGAUGCCACCUCCAGAUGCCUACCCGUGGUUGCCAAAUGCCAGUUCCCGGCCAAUUAUAUCUCUAUUUCAACUGGCUAUGACAAUCUUGGCAUCUUUGGCACUCUUAGUGGCUUAUGCAUGAUGAAUUUAUAUCUAAAGCCAGUUGGAAAGGCAAAGAGUUGUUCUACAACAUUCUUGAUGUGCCACCUGGUUUUAUUUAUCCUGAAGCUUGUGCACUCCAGUCCCUACGUGCUGGUGCUGCAACUCUAACACGAUACGAGUGGGUUCAGGUGCACUACAUUCUGUUGCUACAGAAAUCUGCUCUUUGUUUAAUUUAUGUGCUGGAAUUAAGGGUUUCUGCCAUUUUUGUUUAGAAGCAUCUGUUGUGUUAUAUUAUAUGUUUAUUUAUUAUAUAUACACUUGAUCAAAUUGUUUGUAGAAUAUCCACAAGGAAUAGUGUUUGUAAUAAGGAACUUAAUGAAGAAAUUAUAGUUGAUAUAUGAUUUA